CAGCGCGGGCGCGAGCUCCUCCCUGCCUCCCGGCGCCCCGCGCCCGCCAUUGGCUGCGCGGACGGCAGGGGCGGAGGCCAGACGCGAGGAGCGGCCGAGCCCGGGCGGCCCCGCUGCGCCCCAGCCGUGCGCCCCAGCAGCGCGCCCCGCACGCCCGCGGACCGCCUCGCUGGCGCCCGACCCGCAGCAUCUGUGGACACCCAAUCCCCUGCUGCCCUUGUUUGAAAACCAGGUUUUGUUGUGCCGAUCAAACAGCCUGCGAUUUUCACUGACGCUAUUGUGACAAAAUAUGCUGAUUCUGUCCUUUUCAACCCCUGUGUCAAACUGACUUUCGGUAUUCUUGUGCAUUCGUGACCCUCCGUAAAGAUGUCUGAACCUGACUUUUCAUCUGUGUUUUCGGGGAAUAUGGAGAAUGGGACUUUUCUUGAACUGUUCCCCACAUCCCUGUCCACAUCGGUGGAUCCAUCCUCAGGCCACCUGUCGAAUGUCUACAUCUAUGUGUCUAUAUUCCUCAGCCUUCUAGCCUUUCUGCUUCUGCUUCUAAUCAUUGCCCUACAGAGGCUCAAAAAUAUCAUCAACUCCAGUUCCUCCUACCCGGAGUAUCCAAGCGACGCCGGAAGCUCUUUCACCAAUUUGGAAGUCUGUAGUAUUUCCUCUCAAAGAUCCACUUUUUCAAACCUUUCGUCCUGAAGAAAAUGGAAGCCACCUGAAUGCUGCUGCAGCAUGGAUUUUUCCUCAUGGGGGGUGUUACAUGGAGUGGUCGCCUCAUGAAACAAAUACCCCCUUUCUUUUUCACCCCUCAUUUCUUUCCCACCCAGGAUGCUUCUCAUUUGUGAGUGUGGGAGUUGAUGCUGACAGAAAUGUGUGCAAAGCUGAGGUGCAGAAUUUCACACGAACCACCUGACAGGUCUGGAACUGACGUCUUCAAGGUGGACCAGCUCAUCCCCCACUGUUGGGCACCUGAGGCAGGGCCCUUGCGGGGCGGCCUCGAAGUGGGCGCUGCAGGUGGACGUGUGCACUUCACUUCUCUUAACAGAACCGUGAAACCAGCUGAGCUGGCAGAAACUGGCAAAACUAAGUCUGAGCUAUUUAGAAGGUAUUUUCUGUGUUUGAAAGAUAAAGUGGAAACACCAAAUUAAGAAAAAGAGAUUCAGAUGUGACAUAUAACAUUUAGCUUUAAUGUAUAACAUUUAUAAAACUGGGGGCAAAAAUAUGCUGUUUUCUUUAACUUUACUUUAACAAAUGAAAGUCACAUUUAUUGACGAAUUAAGUCCUAUUUGGAGACAUUUUAGAAGACUUUCACUUUUAAUAGAAGGCAAGUUAUGUGUUUGAUGCUGUUUGUAAUGUAUUUCCUGCCUCUUGGAUUUUUUUUCUACCUAUGUUAGAGUCAUAACACCCUACAAAUGUGGAUGUCUGUGUGAUAACUGCUGUUACUGCUACUAAGACAAACACCAGAAGAGACACACAAUAAGUUUUUAUUUUAUUUCUGUAAUUUCUAGCAGAGGGAAUUAAGCAUAUGAGAAACAUUCACUUAGUUGUGUUUUAUACAGUACUGACUCCUACCAGGCAUGUUACUGUUUCUUCAGUGUCACAGUCUUUAUAAGUUUGGGGCAGAAUUAUAUUAAGGCUCUGAGCUCUCAGAUGUUUGUUCUCAUUAGGUUGCAAAACUCAGAGACUCAGUUGUUAAUACACAUGCUACUAUAUACCCCAUGAAUGUUACAAGUCUUUGGUAAUUAGUUGUUGUACGUUAACAUACUACUCUGCAUUAGGAUUCUAAGAUGUGGUUUUAUAUUAAAAAUUGUAGACACUCAAAAAUUGUGUAGCUGCUGGGAGCUCGGUGACCCUGGCAGCUGCCAAGCAGUGGUCAGCCCAGCCCCAGACCUGGCACUUUCUCCACGGAAUGAGGCAUAUACGUGAGCACAGACACGGCACGUGAAGAGAUCAAACUGUCCCUAAAAACAAAACAAAACUUCAGCUUCUAAAGAGUAAGGAUUUUCAUUUAAUUUUUAAAAUUA